AGUCAGUGACUCUUGACAGGAAUGCGCGUCCUCUGCGCUCAGGCAGCGCUCCGCUGCUCUUACUUUAUUUUUAACACUUUGGGUGGGUCAAACAGCGGCUGAUGAGAAUGAGCUGCAGCAGCUCUCCCCCACCGUGACCUAGACCUCAGCGCCUCUCAUGGGAUUAUUACAGCCCUUCAAAUAACGGACUUUAUUAUAAAGACAUCGACAAAGAAGCGUGUCAAUCUCCCGGACUGUUUUUCAUGUGUAUAGAUCAUCCAUCUCUGGCAUUCCACUGUCUUGUCUUCGUGUAGCACGGUGAGGUGUUUGGUCUCUCUCAUUCCUCUUCAUCUCAGUGGCAACUAUGACCUCCACCACAGACUUUGACAAUGCUGAAAUCACUCAGCAGUACAGCCGCAUCAACACCCGCUUUGAACUGUCUGGUGAAGAGCUCGACAACGACAACAGCUCGGCCAGACUCUUUGAGCGUUCGCGCAUUAAAGCGCUUGCAGAUGAGCGAGAGGCUGUUCAGAAGAAGACCUUCACAAAAUGGGUGAAUUCAAUACUAGCCAGAGUCAGCUGCCGAAUCUCAGAUCUCUAUCUAGACCUUCGGGAUGGGAGAAUGCUCAUCAAACUACUGGAGGUUCUGUCAGGGGAGAGACUGCCCAAGCCGACCAAGGGGCGAAUGCGCAUCCACUGUCUGGAGAAUGUGGACAAAGCUCUACAGUUUCUAAAGGAACAGAAGGUGCACUUAGAGAACAUGGGAUCACAUGAUAUUGUAGAUGGGAACCACCGGCUCAUCCUAGGCCUUAUCUGGACCAUCAUUCUUCGCUUCCAGAUUCAAGACAUUAUAGUAGAGACAGGACAAGCUGAUAAGACAGGCCGGCAAGAGACCCGCUCGGCCAAAGAUGCACUACUCCUCUGGUGCCAGAUGAAGACUGCAGGGUACCCCAGUGUAAACAUCACCAAUUUCACCACAAGCUGGAAAGAUGGCAUGGCUUUCAAUGCUCUCAUUCACAAACACAGGCCAGAUCUAGUGGACUAUGGCAAUCUACAGAGGUCCAAUCCCACUCACAACCUUCAGCAGGCCUUUAAUGUAGCUGAAAAAAAGCUUGGUGUCACCAAGCUCCUGGACCCAGAAGAUGUGUUCACUGAGAACCCAGAUGAGAAGUCUAUAAUCACAUACGUUGUUGCAUUUUACCACUACUUCUCCAAGAUGAAAGCUCUGGCAGUUGAGGGCAAGCGAGUUGGAAAGGUGCUAGACCAGGCCAUUGAAACAGAGAAGAUGAUUGAGAAGUAUGAGACAUUGUCAUCAGACCUGCUAACAUGGAUUGAGCAAACCAUCAUUGUCCUGAACAACCGCAAGCUUGCUAACUCCCUUACAGGCGUCCAACAGCAAUUGCAGGCUUUCAACUCUUACCGUACCGUGGAGAAACCACCUAAGUUCCAGGAGAAAGGCAACUUGGAAGUAUUGCUGUUUACCAUCCAGAGCAGAAUGAGGGCCAACAAUCAGAGAGUCUACACACCUAAAGAGGGUGCACUGGUGUCUGAUAUCAACAAGGCAUGGGAGCGGUUGGAGAAGGCAGAACAUGACCGUGAGCGGGUCCUAAGAGAUGAACUCAUUAGACAGGAGAAGCUGGAGCAGAUGGCUCGUCGCUUUGAAAGGAAGGCAGCUAUGAGAGAGACCUGGCUUCUAGAGAAUCAGAAACUGGUUUCACAGGAUAACUUUGGCUAUGACUUACCAGCAGUUGAGGCAGCUAAGAAGAAACAUGAUGCCAUAGAGACAGAUAUUGCUGCAUAUGAAGAACGCGUUCAGGCACUGGUUGCCCUGUCUAAAGAACUGGAAGCAGAACGAUACCAUGAUGCUAAACGCAUUGAUGCUAGAAAAGACAAUAUCUUGAGGCUGUGGGACUACUUGCAGGAGCUCCUGAAAGCUCGCAGAGGUCGUCUAGACAAGAACCUCACCCUUCAGAGAAUCUUCCAGGAGAUGCUCCACAUCAUUAGCUGGAUGGAUGAAAUGAAGAGCCGACUCUUGUCCCCAGACUUCGGAAAACACUUAUUGGAAGUGGAAGACUUGUUGCAGAAACAUUCGUUGCUAGAAGCUGAUAUAGCAGUGCAGGCAGAAAGAGUACGAUCAGCCAAUGCAGCUGCUCUUAAAUUUGCCAAUGGUGACAGUUAUAAACCAUGUGACCCACAAGUGAUCCGUGAUCGGGUACAACACUUGGACCUGUGCUACCAGGAGUUGUGUGCUCUGGCAGCUCAGAGAAAAGCCCGUCUUGAGCAGUCGCGACGACUUUGGAACUUUUUAUGGGAAAUUGCAGAGUUGGAGAGCUGGAUUCGGGAAAAGGAGCACAUCUUCUCCUCUCUUGACCAUGGUAAGGACCUGACCAGUGUGCUGGUACUGCAGAGCAAACACAGCGUCUUUGAGGAUGAGCUUGCCGCUAGACGGGACAACUUGAAGCAGGUGAUGGACGAGGGAGAGAGCAUGAUUCAGGCCAAGCACUUGGGUUCCCCUAAAGUGCAGCAGCGCAUGGAUGAUGUGCGAAAUCAGUGGCAGCAGCUGGAGGACCUGGCCGCCUUCCGUAAACAGAAUCUGCAGGACACUCAACGCUUCUUCCAGUUUCAGGGUGAUGCUGAUGACCUCAAAGCCUGGCUGGUUGAUGCUAUGCGUCAGAUGAGCAGUGAUGACAUUGGACAUGAUGAGUACACUACGCAGCGACUGCUCAAGAAACACCGUGACUUAAGAGAUGAGGCUGCUAAGAACGGAGCCAACAUUGACGCUCUAUCCAAACAGGCCAAUGCACUUCCUGAGGAAUUAAGGCACACACCAGACAUCCAGGGGCGUCUUAAUGAUAUCCGGGAUAUGUAUAUAGAGCUUUUGACCCUCUCAGACCUGAGGCAGAAGAAGCUAGAUGACACCAUGGCUCUUUACACUAUCUUUAGUGAGACGGACGCUUGUGAGCUCUGGAUGGGCCAGAAGGAGACCUGGCUGGUUGGGCUGGAGACACCAGAGAAUUUGGAAGAUCUAGAAGUUGUACAAAACAGGCUAAGCAUUCUUGCUCAGGAAAUGGGUAAUAUGCAGGCUCGGGUUGAUAACGUCAAUAAAGCAGCCAAACAACUUGAAGACAGCAGAUAUCCACAAACAAAACAAGUGAAAGACUGUAAAACUCGUCUCAAUAGAAGAUGGGAAGCUUUUAAAGCAAUGGUGGAGGAUAAGAAACAUAAAGUAGAUUCAGCCCUCAGCCUACAUAACUAUGAUCUUGAAUGUGAUGAGACAGAGUCAUGGAUAAAAGAGAAGACACGAGUCAUUGAGUCAACACAGGACCUUGGGAAUGAUCUGGCUGCAGUCAUUACCAUUCAGAGGAAGCUCUUUGGAAUGGAAAGAGACCUUGCUGCCAUCCAAGAUAAGUUGGAUUUCCUGCGUAAUGAGGCCCAGAAGCUUGUGAAGGACCACCCAGAAAAUGCUUCUGAUAUAUUUGCCAGACAGGAAGAGUUGGAUGCUGCAUGGGACACCUUGAAACGCACCCUGAAAAACCGAGAAGACUCUCUUGGGGAAGUCAGCAAGCUGCAGACCUUCCUACAGGACAUGGAUGAUUUUCAAGCCUGGCUGUUCAAGACACAGAAGGCUGUUGCAUCUGAAGACAUGCCUGAUGGUUUACCAGAGGCUGAGCAGUUCCUGAGUCUUCAUGAUGCUGUGAGGGCUGAUAUGGAUGGCCAUGAAGAAGACUACCACUGUGUGAGGGACACAGGAGCAGCUGUCAUUCAGGGCCAAGAAGAUGAUCCUCAGUACCAACAGCUGGAGCAGAGGCUGGUCGGUCUUGAUAAGGGAUGGGAUGAGCUGCACAAAAUGUGGGACAGCCGCAAGAGCUUCCUAGAUCAGGGUCUCGGCUUCCAACAGUUCAUGAGGGACGCCAAGCAGGCUGAGGCCAUAUUAAAUAACCAGGAAUACACUCUAGCCCACAUAGACAAGCCUGAUACCCUGGAUGGAGCAGAGAAGGCCCUGAAGAAGCACGAGGACUUUGUUACCACCAUGGAUGUUAAUGAGGAGAAGAUACUCAGCACACUGGAGACUGGUCAGAGGCUGGUGGACAGUGGAAACCUUUACUCAGAAAGGGUCAAUGACAAGAUGGGCUCGAUUGAAGAUAGAUUUGCUUCUAAUAUGAAUGUAAUGUUCUUUGUGACCUUUUCUCUCAUUCAAUGAACAUUUACUUCUCUAUUUUAGCUUACACUAUGGAUAAAUGAGAAAAUGCUGACUGCACAGGAUACAUCAUAUGAUGAGGCUCGGAACCUCCAUAGCAAGUGGCAAAAACACCAGGCCUUCAUGGCAGAACUAGCAUCCAACAAGGAUUGGCUUCAUAAUAUUGAUAAGGAGGGACAGGAACUGAUGGAAUCUAAGCCUGAGUUUGAGCCCAUUGUCAUGGAUCGUCUUGCUAAGCUUCAUGAACUAUGGGAUAAGCUGGAGAGCACCACACAAGAGAAGGCUCGGCUGCUUUUUGAUGCAAACCGUUCUGAGCUGUUUGAUCAGAGCCUGGCUGACCUGAAGAAAUGGUGGGCUGAAUUGCAGCAGCAGCUCCAGGGUGAUGUGGAUGAAGAAGUGAAGGAUCUUACCAGUGCCAACAUCCUACUGAAAAAACAUCAGAUGACAGAGAAUCAAGUUCGGGAUCGUGCACGAGAGCUUGAAGAACUUCAAGAAGCUGUACAGCAGCAUGCUUCUCUUAGAGAGGACCAACCUGAGCUUGAAGAUGAGCAGCAGACACUUCAGAGGGACUUCCAGAAGCUCCUCACACCUCUCGCUCAACGCAGGGGCAAGCUGGAGGCCGCUAAGGCAGUGCACCAGUUCUUCAGAGAUCUUGCAGAUGAGAUACUCUGGGUUAAUGAGAGGUUACCAAUGGCAAUGUCAGAAGAUCAUGGCAACAAUCUUCAGACUGUCCAACUUCUGCUCAAGAAGAACCAAUCUCUUCAAAAAGAGAUUGACGGCCACCAGCCACGCAUUGAUGAAGUGUUAGAGCGUGGUCGGCGCAUGGUGGCAGCAGCAGAGGGCAGUCCAGAAGAAGAACACAUGUCUGAGGAAAUGAAGAAGCUUCAAGAGGUGUGGGCAAAGCUGCAGGAUGAGAUGGCCCAACGGAGAGCACGGCUUUAUGGCUCUAAUGAGGCCCAACAGUAUUACAAUGAUGCAGAUGAGGCUGAGGCCUGGAUAGGGGAACAAGAACUUUAUAUGAUCUCUGAUGAGAAGGCCAAGGAUGAACAGAGUGCUAUGAUCAUGCUGAAGCGACACCUGCUUCUGAAGCAGGUAGUGGAUGACUAUGCACGCUCCAUCCAGCAGCUGGCAGACCGUGCCCAGAAGAUGCUGGCUGAAGAGCACCCAGAUGGUGAGGCCAUCAUCCGGAGACAAGGACAAGUUGAUAAGCAGUAUGCUGGGCUGAAGGAGCUGGCAGAGGACCGCAAAAAGAAGCUGGACCACACAUAUCAUCAUUUCUUACUUAGCCGUGAAGUGGAGGAUCUUGAGCAGUGGAUUGCAGAGCGUGAUGUGGUGGCAUCUUCACAAGAGAUGGGCCAAGACCUUGACCAUGUGACGAUCCUGCGAGAUAAGUUCAGGGAGUUUGCACGGGAGACAGGGACAGUGGGUCAAGAACGUGUAGACACUGUGAACCGGAUCAUAGAUGAUUUGAUCGAAGCAGGCCACAGUGAGGCAGCGACCCUGGCAGAGUGGAAGGAUGGCAUCAAUGAGAGUUGGGCAGAUUUGCUGGAACUCAUCGACACUCGUGCCCAGCUCCUCACAGCCUCCUAUGACCUGCUUAAGUAUUUUUAUGAUGGGAAGGAGCUGGUUGCUCACAUUGAGGAGAAGAAGAAUGAGCUUCCUGAUGAUCUGGGAGAAGACUUCAGCAAAGCAGAGUCCUUCCACCGAAUGCAUGCUGCAUUUGAAAGGGACAUCAGCUCCCUCGGCAAACAGGUGAAACAGUUCCAGGAGACCGCAACUAGACUGUAUGCCCAGUAUGCAGGAGAUCAGGCCACUGCUAUUCAAGCAACUGAAGAAGAGGUUGUGGAGGCCUGGAAUGGUCUGCUGGCUGCUUGCGCAGGCAGGAGGAAGCAGCUGGAGGAUACAGCUGACAAAUUCCGCUGCUUCACCAUGGUGAGAGACCUGCUGGCCUGGAUGGAAAGCAUCAUUCAGCAGAUAGAGACACAGGAAAAGCCACGAGAUGUCUCCUCAGUGGAGCUCCUUAUGAAGUAUCACCAAGGGAUCCGUGCUGAAAUUGAGACACGUGGACCUAAGUUUAAUCAGUGUGUGGAGCUGGGCCGGGCCCUGCUGGAACGCAAGCAUAAGGACUCUGCAGAGAUUAAAGAGAAGCUGAUGCAACUAGUAGAAAAGAGGAAGGAGAUGAUGCUCAAAUGGGAUGAAAGAUGGGAUUGGCUUAGACUUUUACUGGAGGUAUGUCAGUUUGCUCGGGAUGCAUCUGUAGCAGAGGCCUGGCUGAUUGCCCAGGAGCCAUACGUGGCCAGCAGGGAUCUGGGUGAGACAGUGGAUGAGGUUGAAAAACUGCUCAAAAGACAUGAAGCCUUUGAGAAAUCCACUGCUACAUGGGAAGAGCGUUUCUCAGCACUGGAACGUCUUACAACAUUGGAGCUGCUGGAAAUUCGGAAACAACAACAGGACAUACUACAAUACAGACAAGAGGCGGAAAAAGACAGCAGGAGAGAAGACACAGGGUUUGCAGAGGAGUCCUCACAACUCUACACCACAGAAGAACAGUCUCUGUCUGGUUUAGGAGUAAUAGAGCCAAGUUCCGUGGGAGCUGAUGGCACAGCAGGGGACUCCACUGUGCCUUUGAUCUCAGAGAUGCAGGAAAGUGGCUCAGUGGAACUGGACCCUUCCACAUCCAUCCAGGUUACCAAAGAGGCAGAAAAAGCUGCUACGCUUCCCACUGAAUCUUCACAAGUUCAACCAGUCUUGAUAGAGGGAACUCUAUCCCGCAAACAUGAGAUGGAGGGACCCAAUAAGAAGGCAUCCAACAGGUCCUGGAACAACCUUUACUGUGUGCUCAAACCUGGGCAGCUCUCUGCCUACAAGGAUGCCAAGAGCUUUAGUCACAGUGUCACCUACCAUGGCGAGGAACCCCUGAACCUCAGCAAUGCUUCAUGCGAGAUCUUGACUAACUAUAAGAAAAAGAAGCAGGUGUUCAAACUCCAAUUUGAAAAUGGAAGUGAAUAUCUGUUCCAGUGUAAAGAUGAGGAGGAAUUUCAGAACUGGACUCAGGCUAUAGAACAGGCAGCACAAGCUGUGACUGAAGAACCAGUUGCAGGGCCAUCAGGAUUGAAGGCACAAAGCCUACCUCCACCUUCUUCCACUACUCUAGAGGUUCCCUCAACCAAGAAGGAGAAGGAGAAGAGGUUUAGUCUGUUCGCUAAGAAGAAAUAAACUCCUGGAUAGAAUGUGACACAGGUGAAAUGGAACAGAUUUAUAACACCAUUUUUUUUAACAUUAUAUUAAUUUGUAAGAAUUUAGCUAUAUGAAAUGUAGAUUACACUGCUGCCUGUAUCUAAGCUAAUCAAGUGUUGCUAAUGUCCACACAUAUUGCUUUUUUAUGUUUUGUUGUAUUUUUCCUAUACUAGAGUCACAUACCACAUUCACUUUGUAUACAAAUAAAAGCACAGGAACCGAUCAAAUUUAACCAAAAAUAUUUGUGAGAAAAAAGGAUUUCUUUUUGUCUUGAUUUUUUAAUGUGUUGAGUUUCUUUAGGCAUGCUUCAGUAUGUAUUUUGACUAUAAAUAACAUGCAUAGUUUUGUUAAUCUGCCUUAUUCCUUGAAAAUGGUUGCAAAUGUAAUACUGUGCUCUUUGCAUCGGAACUUAUAGAAUUUUAAUAGAGUUUGACAUUGGAGAGGUAUUUCUUUUGUAAAUGGCCAUCAGCUAGCAGGAGGUGUGGUGAUGAAGGUGUAUAACACUGUACACUAUGCUGUUAACAUGCACUAUAUGCAAUAUGCACAGUGUUUAGUGUGGUUUUAGACUGUCCUAGGUGUCGUAUUUUUCAUUAUUCCAACAAACAUAUUAAUAUUAUAAUAAUAUUAUAUUCAAAUGUGAACAUAUUAAUGCUAUUAUGUAUGAAUGCAUUAAGAAGCACAGCCAUGGUACUUAAGAGAAGACAAAGAUGAGAGGGGUAGAUUUAUUAUGGUGCUAUAUCUUUAAGAUAAGAGUUUUAUCCUCUCAUGACUCAGGUUCCCCAGUAUGGCUGUCGCAGGCCUAAAUCACAUUAUAAAUACCCUUACACAAGGACAGCAAAACCAUUAUAAGCACUAAAGUGUAUGUCUCACGUCAUCAUAACAAUGAUUAAAAUUUGAAAGAUAUGUGUACAGCUUGGAUAAUGCAGUAUAAAUUAAACUUGGUAGCCAAUGAAUGUUUGAAAACAUGGAGAACAGUGUGUCAUACAAAUAUGAAUAUAGAAAUAAUGGUAAAGGGGAAAUUGUACCUGUAACAAAUAAUAAUAACAAAACUUCCUAAAUACAUUUAACUGAAUGCCCAUAUUCAGAUCAUGCAAAUAAAAUAUUCAUUAUGCUUACUUAUAUUUUAUCUGUCACAUACGCUUUCGAAAUUGAUCAAAACAGUAAAACAGUACAUCGUCUGAUCUACUGAUUAGAUUUUAAGUGCCCUAUUUCCAGUCUUAGUUUUUUCGUAGUUUUUACUGUUUCUGCCAGGCACUGCAAGCUAAAAGUGUUUUUUUUUAACCGUAGUUUAAUUUAAUCUACAAGUACUUUCAGAAUACGUUUACUUGGUCAGUGUGGUGCUUUAUUAAGUUGGUGAUUUUAUUGGGCCAUUACAUCUUGGACCUCCAAAUCUCUCAGAUUUUUUUGUUUUAUUUAUUUAUUUUUUGCAGUCUAUGUUAGAAUUAACUCCCUUUCAGAAUGCUUCCAUUCUCUAUUCUCCUUUUAUAUCUAUAUGUUCAAUGCAAAAUCACAUAUAAUAAGUUGAAAGCAAGGUAUGACUCAUUUUAGGAGUAUGAAAAUCAAUAAACUCUGUUUGCAGUAAC